AGAAGCGUUUCCUGUUAGCCAGAUGACAGCCCGUAAUAUUUCAUGUUUCUUAUCUUAAUUAUAGUGCAUCAAUAGUGCUAUUAUGUUAUAUUAAGGAGUUGUUCAUUUCGUUAUUGUUUCAUGUAAAUAUUUUGUGUGUUAGUAUUACAGUGUGGCUUUAAACUGGAUGAUAAUCAGGGAGCUAAGCUAACUGUUAGCUAGCUAGCCUCAUUUGUUUACAUGUGUAGAUUCAUCUUUCAUUCAGGAAACACCUUAAUGUUCCUCUGGGUUAACACGUUUUUCUGCUACAUUAGUGGUUGAAGACCAGUGCUGGAACACAUUUAUGAUGGGAAACUAUCAACACAUAUAUUUCAUAAAAUGACGCCAGUUAAAUAGUUGUAGGGAUGGGGCUCUUCGGACCUGCAGAGCUGGUCUCAGGUCUCUGUCAUACGGACGAGCAGAACCCCUUCCCCCUCUGGCAGGAUGGACACAUCAGCCCAUGUUUCAACCAACUGGUCCUCGGAGCGUUGCCUCAUGCAGGGAUGGCCAUUUUCAGCGCCUGCUAUCUCAGCAUGCAGAGCUGCGCCCCCCCGCAGACGUCUGCUCCCUGUGGCUGGACCCUCAGGUGGAUUGCUGCUCUGCUGGCGGCGCUGCUCUUCUCUGCAGACGUGGUCCUGGUGAGCUUCCUGCAGCAGGACGACCUCUUCCUGGACGUCCUCGCCGACGGCUGCGCCAUCCUGGCCUGGCUGGUCCACUUCAGUGCCCUCACCGUGAUCCAGAGGACGGCUUUCAGGAGAACCAGAGGACCCCCGCUGCUGCUUCUGCUGGUCCUUCUCUCCAUCCCGAACCUGGUCAUCACCUUGUUGAUCUCCUGUGACAACCAGGAAUAUUUAAACCUAGCGGAGCCUCUUGAAUUUGCACGUUUUGUUCUUGCCUCUGCCCGGACGCUCCCUCUGCUGCUUUAUCUUUUAGCAUUCACGUUCCCCUGCUUCAGUGAUGCCGGGUACACUUUGUAUAUCAACGCUGUGGAUGGACCCCCUCUCAUCUCGGAGAGCAGCGAGCCGGAUACAGGUGAGAUGGUGGCGGAGGACGGGAGCGGCUGCGUCUCCUGGCUCUUCUUCCUGUGGUUGACCCCUCUACUCAGGCGGGGGGAGCGAGGGGAGCUGUGCAGACCGGCCGAUGUUUAUCACCUCCCCAGGAAACUUCGGACUACUGUGGUUUGUCGAUACUUCCACCAGUGCUGGGAGGCCUGCAGGCGAGGAGCAGGGGUCAGUAGCAGAGAGGAUGGGUGGCCCCCGCCGGUCAACCUCCUGAAUGGAACCUGGAGCUCAAACUACCAGGAGGAACCCCUGGAGCUGGAGGGAGACGUGAGCCUGCUGAAGGUGCUGCACAAGGCGUUCGGGCUGCGUUACUACAUGCUGGGUGUCCUGAAGGUGGUGGUCAACAUGCUGAGCUUCACCGGUCCGCUGCUGCUCAGCAGUCUGGUGAACUUCAUGGAGGAUGAGGCAGCUCCCGUCAGCUGGGGGGUGUGGUGCGCCGUUGGGCUCUUUACCACCACCCUCCUCACCUCCUUCCUCAACAACAUCUUCGUCUUCGAGGUGUCCAAGGUGUUACUGUCGGCCCGCGCCGCCCUCAUGUCGGCGGUGUACGGUAAAGCCUUGCGGGUCAGCGGCAGCAGCCUGGCCGACGCCACGCUGGGGGAGGUGGUGAACCUGAUGAGCACGGACACCGGCCGCGUGGUCAACUUCUUCAACAGCUUCCACGAGCUGUGGAGCCUCCCCUUCAGGCUGAGCAUCACCCUGUACCUGCUCUACCUGCAGGUGGGGGUGGCGUUCCUCGGGGGGCUCAGCGUGGCUCUGCUGCUCGUGCCUUUCAACAAGUUCCUCGCUUCACGAAUCCUCAGGAACAACCAAGACAUGCUGAGACACAAGGACUCACGGGUGAAGUUAAUGACGGAGGUCCUCUUCGGCAUCCGGGUCAUAAAGUUCUACAACUGGGAGCCUCACUUUACCCAGAAGAUCAACGACUGCCGUAAAGAGGAGCUGUGCCACCUGAAGGCUCUGAAGUACCUGGACGCCAUGUGUGUGUACACCUGGGCCGCUCUGCCUGUGGUCAUCUCCAUCCUCACCUUCCUCACCUACACGCUGCUGGGACACCAGCUCACUGCGGCCAAGGUGUUCACCACGCUGGCUCUGGUGGGGAUGUUGAUCAUUCCCCUCAACGCAUUCCCCUGGGUGCUCAACGGCAUCCUGGAGGCCAAAGUGUCUCUGGACAGGAUCCAGCGCUUCUUCAAACUGACCAACCAGGACCUGCAGGCGUACUACGCCCUGGUGUCUCCUGAAGACAGUCAGACGUCCAUCCUGAUGAGCCAGGGGACCUUUUCCUGGCUGGGGUCCGACGGUCCGGACCCGAACAAAGACAGAGGGACAGAAUCUGGACCGACUAAAGGAGGCCUGCUGCUGCACAGCCUCUCUCUGCACGUCACCAAGGGCUCUCUGGUGGUUGUGAUGGGGAAGGUCGGCUGUGGGAAGAGUUCCUUACUGGCUGCUCUGACCGGAGAACUGAACAGGCUGAGUGGAGUGGUGUUCGUUGCAGACAGAGAGGGUGGCUUCGGCCUGGCGUCUCAGGAGCCGUGGAUCCAGCAUGCAUCAGUGCGGGACAACAUCCUGUUCGGCAGAAACUACGAUCCCAUCUUCUACCAGACUGUGAUCGAGGCGUGCGCUCUCACAGACGACCUCAACGUUUUGCCAAACGGAGAUCGGACGGAGGUCGGGGAGAACGGAGUGACGCUGAGCGGAGGACAGAAAGCUCGACUGGCCCUCGCCAGAGCGGUGUACAUGGACAAAGACAUCUACCUCCUGGACGAUCCGUUGGCAGCGGUCGAUACGGACGUGGCCGAACACCUGAUGAAGAGAUGCAUCAUGGAGCUCCUCAGGGGGAAGACCAGGAUCCUCUGCACUCACCGCGUGGAGUUUGUGGACAAAGCCGACGUGGUGGUGCUCAUGGACAACGGGACGAUCAUUAAGACCGGCUCACCAGCAGAAAUCCUUCCUUUGGUCGAGGCAGUGCCGAAAAAACGGAAGAACGACCAAAACAUGAGAGAGAAAGCGGACGGCGAGGAGCAGCAGCAGGGGGAGUCGGAGGAGGAGUCGGGUUCCUCUCUUGAUCUGGUUCUGCAGGAGGAACCAGACCCGACGGGAGCGGAGCUGAAGCAGGAGGGGGGGCUGGCGUGGAGAGUUUACCGGACGUACUGGAGCGCUGUGGGCGGAGCGCUGGCCGCCUCCAUCCUCCUGUCUCUGCUGCUCAUGCAAGCCUCUAAGAACGUGUCUGACUGGUGGCUCUCUCACUGGAUCUCUGAGCUGAGGCACAACGGAUCCUCCAGAACAAACGCCUCCUGCUCUGGUUCCUUCAGCUCCCCUCACCUGCUGCUCUUCACACCUGGAGCCGUAAUGUCUCCUCUCUCCUCGGUACAAACGGUCACUUCCAGCAACAUCAGCUCAGAUGUGAAGUUCUACCUGACGGUGUACAGCUCCAUCGCCGCGGGCAACACCGUCUUCACCGCGCUGAGAGCUUUCCUCUUCGCCUACGGAGCGAUCUGCGCCGCCACCGUCAUCCACACCCGCCUGCUGGGUAGCGUCCUCAAGGCCACAGUGUCCUUCUUCGACACCACCCCGAUGGGCCGCAUCCUGAACCGUUUCUCCUCGGAUCUUUACACGGUGGACGACAGCCUCCCGUUCAUCCUGAACAUCCUGCUGGCCAACGUGUUCGGCCUGCUGGGCAUGCUGGUGGUGAUCAGCUACGGGCUCCCAUGGGUGCUGCUGCUGCUGCUGCCCCUCGCUCUGCUCUACCACCGCACCCAGCACUUCUACAGACACACCUCCCGCGAGCUCAAGCGCAUGUGCAGCAUCACGCUGUCGCCUGUCUACUCGCACUUCUCCGAGACGCUGACCGGGCUGGGAACCAUCCGGGCCAGCGGCAGCUCUGCCAGGUUUGAGGAGGAGAUCGCCCGGCGCCUGGAGCAGAACCAGCGCUGCCUCUUCCUCAGUAACGCCGCCAUGCAGUGGCUGAGCAUCCGUCUGCAGCUGAUUGGUGUUGCUGUGGUUACGGGCCUCGGGGUGAUCGCCGUCGUCCAGCACCAGAGCAGCUCUGUCGACCCAGGUCUGGUGGGUCUGUCCCUGUCCUACGCCCUGUCCAUCACCAACCUGCUGUGCAGCCUCAUCGACAGCUUCACGCAGACGGAGAUGCAGCUGGUGAGUGUGGAGAGGACGGAGGAGUACUGCAGCGGCCUGCCCACCGAGCCCCAGCAGCACGACUCACAGCUCCCUCCGGCGUGGCCCCAGCAAGGCGGGCUGGAGCUCCACGACGUGGUUCUGUCCUACAGGGAGGGUCUCCCUAACGCUCUGGACGGGGUGAGCCUGGUGGUGCGACCGGGAGAGAAAGUGGGCAUCGUGGGACGCACCGGCUCCGGGAAGUCCACGCUGUUCCUGGCCCUGUUCCGUAUGGUGGAGCUGGACCAGGGUCAGAUCCUGCUGGACGGGCUGGACAUCAGCACCGUGGGCCUGGAUCAGCUCAGGUCCAGGUUGGCGAUCAUCCCUCAGGACCCCUUCCUGUUCAGCGGGACGAUCCGGGAGAAUCUGGACCCGUGCGAGCGGCACUCUGAGCAGCAGCUGCUGGUCGUCCUGCAGCAGUGCCACCUCAGCGCUGUGGUCCACAGGAUGGGCGGUCUGGACGCUGAGGUCGGAGAGAGAGGGCGGUGUUUCUCUGUGGGACAGAGGCAGCUGCUGUGUCUCUCCAGAGCUCUGCUGACCCAGGCCAAGGUCCUGUGUAUCGAUGAAGCCACAGCCAGCGUGGAUCAGAAGACGGACAAACUGCUGCAGCAGACCAUCAGAGAGAAGUUUCAGGACAAGACCGUCCUCACUAUUGCUCACAGGAUCAACACCAUCAUGGACUGCGACAGGGUGCUGGUGAUGCAUGCUGGGAAGGUGGUGGAGUUUGACAUCCCGGCGGCUCUCUGCCAAUCAGACGACUCCAUCUUCCAGAGGAUGGUCGGUUAGAGGAGAGUGAGAGGGACAAAAGACACUGAAAGAAGAAACGGAUGUAUUUUUAUAGUUUUCUUCCUGGAAUGGUUUCCUGGGAACUUUUUCAGAUCCGUCCUGAAGUUUUGCUGCUCACACUAAGUCAACUUUUUUACUUUUUCUGCUCUUUUUUGGACUUGGAAGCAAUGAGCAGCGGGCUUAUGAUAAUAUUUUGUCCUGCUGACAUUUAGUCUCUUUACAGUGGUUAUUGUAACGCCGAGGUUCCUUCCAAUAGAAUUGUUGGGAAAUGAAGGUUCUUAUUAUAAUCUAUUUGCAUUUUCUUAAUAAAAAGUGCAUAAAGACAGGAAAUCCAAGUUGAAAUAGAUUCUCUAUGUUGUUGUUUUUUAUCAAUAUUGUCAAAUCUCACAUAAGCAGGGUGAACAUCCUCCAUUAUUUUAUUUGUAUUUAAUUAAUGUUUUCUCACCUUUUUGAUUUUGAAUUGUUCUGUUUUAUCCUAUUUAUUAUUUUUUAUGAAAAGCAGUUGCAUUAGAUGGAUAUUAAUGUCAAAGCCAUAAACAUAAACAUCUACCUUAUUAACAUUUAUCGUAAAAUCCCACACUCAUACAUUUUGGAUUACACUACAACUUUUCUAAAUGUGUGUUUCUUGUCAUUUAGAAAGGGAUUUUGUCAGAGCGCAUUUUUUGUCUUCUCUGCAAAUAAUUGACUGACAGUCUUUUAUUUGCUCUUCCUGGAGGCAAAGUUUAAAUCCUCAGCAUGUGUUUGUCCUCUCAUAUAUUCGUUAUAAACAACUGUGGUUUCAUUAUUACUUCAUCCAAACAUGAAUCACCCUGACUGGUUCAUACUGUGAAAACAUGUCUAAGGAUAAAUAAAGCUGCAAUAAUGGUUGUUUUCAUCACCUAAUGAAUCAUUUUGCCUGUAAAAGCUUUCUGAAACAGUGACAAUGCUUGUGUCCCAAUAUCCUAGAGUACAGCAUGACAACAUUAUAUUCCACAAAUAAUCAUUUAGCUAUAUAAAAAAUGUGUUUAGAGAACUUAAAACCAUCUAGUAUUUUGUCAUUCUUGCUUAAAAAUGGCUCAUAACAAUGAAUAGUUUAUCAAAAUAUCUGCCAAUUAGAUUUAUGUCAAUCAGUGUGUGCAUGUGUUGAACGUGGCAGCCCUUCAGGUAACUUUAGAGCCGUUUAAAAACACUAUUACAUCACGCAUGAUCUAUGUGUCGAACAUUGAAUGUUAUCGUCUAUAAAUCAUUUGGAAAAUAUUCAUCUUGCUGUUGGUUCUUCUCUCUCUGGCUUUGUCACCAAUGUUGGUUAUAAUUGCAGAACCUUUAAUAAAUCAGUUCCUUUUGUUUCAAAAA